GUAUCACUUGAUCGAUGCGAGUAAUUUCACCUCCGCAAUAAUGAAUGCGUUAAAAUCUCACCCAUAAUCUAAUUGGGCUACUCGCUUAUUAAGCGAGUGAGUAAACAGUUUUGUUGAUUCUGUACAACGAGUUGACGUCAAUUCUUAACGAUCACCUCAAAACUUUGUAGGCCUGACACGAUAAUUGGUCCAAAUUGAUGAUGAACCGACGCGAUGCCCUAUAUUGGUUCGUCAUUAUAAGCGUGGAAAUAUCGUUCACUACGAAUAGUCCAACAAUUGCAACGUUAGAAGAACAGCAGAUGUUUAUUUCGAAAAUGGAAUCGAAACGAGCGCAAAAUUUAACGUGGACUUGUGAGUGUUAUAAUGUAACGUACGGAAUGGAGCUGGAAUUGGAAUGUAGAUGUCACGGAAGGGGACUUCUCGAGAUUCCAACUGACCUCGACGAAAAGUUGGAGAGAAUAACGCUGACCGAAUCUGAAAUAAAAGUUAUUGAGAAGAAUUCGUUUCAACCAUACAAGGAAACGCUGCGGGAUGUAAUUCUUGAAAGUUUACCUUUCCUUCAAGUGAUUGAGGAGGGAACAUUUAUGGAUACACCAAAUUUGCGAACAUUGUACAUAUCGCAUGCGCCGCAAAUGAAAUCUCUGCAUGGAGUAUUUUUUGGAGUGACGGCCAGGAAAUUUCGUUCUUUGCGGAUAGUGGGGACUGGCCUACAGGAAAUUCCAAAUUUAUCAAACCUACAUAACGACAAUAUUGUACAAAUGAUCGAAUUAGAUCGUAAUAAAAUCGAAAGAAUACCCAACAAUGCAGUCAAGAUUAACGCCGAACAAGUGACGUUUAAUUAUAACGAAAUAACUGUAAUUGAAAAUUACGCUUUCAAUGGCUCUCACAUUGCCGCUUUGAGCUUUAAAGGAAAUGAACGACUAUCGGAAAUCAAACAAUACGCGUUUCAGGGCCUGAGUAGCAUUCAGCAGCUAGAUUUAUCAGGAACGUCCAUACGGAGCAUACCUGUGGCUGGUUUGAGCGAAAUUGAAGUUCUCAAAGUUGAAAAUACUCCAACUAUGAAAACUAUUCCCAGCAUUUACGAGUUAAGGCAUUUGCAAGAAGCUCAUCUAACUCACCCGUUUCACUGUUGCGCAUUUAAAUAUCCCGCACAGCACGAUCCCAUUGGAUAUGCUCAAUAUCAAGAAACUGUAAGAGCGGCAUGUGAUCGCGCAGCCCCCGCCUUAGAUACCGGGCAGUUCGUAAAGUUCAAGAAAAGAAGUAUUAGAACUGUCGGAAUGUGGUCCGAUCCAUUUGAGGACAUAGGGUAUGGGGAUGUUAAGUAUGAUACUCAACACCAUGCUCCGAACGCGCAUAUCGACUGGAAUUUAAAUGACAAUGGAAGACCGACCGACUAUUCUCAUUUAAAUCCACUACGAGGGCACACAAUAGAAUAUGUUGAAGGCGUUGCGAGUCCACUGGAUGAAGAUUUUGGAACAUUUCACCAAACAUCCGCCGAAAUUUCGGAAAACAAGCCAUUUGACGCUUUCUGUGGGAAUUUCACUGAUAACACCCGAUUCAUUAAGUGUUAUCCAGAACCAAACGCCCUUAAUCCCUGUGAAGACAUCAUGGGUUCCUACUGGUUACGUAUAAGCGUUUGGUUCGUGGUAAUAUUGGCGGUGAUGGGAAAUAUGGCUGUGAUAAUCGUCGUAAUAUUUAGCGGCGGGGAAAUAACGGUGCAAAGAUUUUUGAUAUGCAAUUUAGCAUUCGCCGAUUUUUUUAUGGGACUAUACCUAUUAUUUAUUGCGAGUAUGGACUUGCACUCUGUCGGGACUUAUUUCAACAGCGCGUAUGAUUGGCAGUACGCUAACUGGUUUUUAGGUGUCGGCUGUCAGAUUGCGGGCUUUUUAACGAUGUUUGCGAGUCAAUUGUCGGUAUUUACACUAACCGUUGUCACUGUGGAGAGAUGGUUUGCCAUCACGCACGCGAUGCAUUUAACCAGAAGGAUACGCAUUAGAGCCGCAUCUAAGAUAAUGUGCUUGGGGUGGCUAUAUUCCAUUUUGAUCGCUGCUCUUCCCCUUUUUGGGGUGAGCAACUAUAGUAGUACCAGUAUUUGUCUUCCCAUGGAAGUGAAUCAUAUAGUAGAUAAGGCUUAUUUAAUAACAAUUAUAGUAUUGAACACUAUAGCAUUUGCGUUGAUCGUAUUUUGCUACGCGCAGAUUUAUUUCAGUCUCGGUUACGAGACGAGGCACAGCAGUACUCAUGGCGAGAUGACAAUCGCAAAAAAGAUGGCACUCUUGGUUUUCACCGACUUUGCUUGUUGGGCACCCAUAGCGUUUUUUUCACUGACUGCGCUAGCUGGAUAUCCACUAAUAGGGGUGACAAGAAGCAAAAUACUGCUCGUCUUCUUUUACCCUCUCAAUUCAUGUGCCAAUCCCUACUUAUACGCGAUAAUGACCUCGCAAUACCGAAGAGACUUCUUCCUUUUACUUUCGAGAUGCGGCUUAUGCAGAAAAACAGCUCAGCAAUACACCUUAACUACAUCGUCUCUACACACUGCUAAUAAUUCCCACCCUAUUCCGUUACUAAUGAUAAAAUCGAACGGUCAAGCUGCGAACACCAAGCCAGAAAAUGCUGACGAUGCCUUCGUGUAAUUGUUCCUCCAAACUAUUACGAGCAAAAUGUGACAAUUGAGCCAAAACUGACUAAUGGUGCAGUAUUACCUGUAGAUGAUAUCUGCAAUAGUCAAUCGUCAAAAAAGUGCUCUUGGUACAAUUGUUCCACACCCCACUGAAUCCGACAACUAUUUAGUUUAGUUGUUUUUUUUUCUGUUGCAAUUAAGUAACUAUAUUAUAUAGACGUAAGAAUUAGAUAUAUGUAGAUCCUUUAUUUUUGAAAUGGAUCACUACGACUUAGUACCUGUAAUGUAUAAUAUUGUAAUAUAUUUGCAAAUAAACUAGUGAGGUUAUUUUACCAUUUACAUACAA